AUGACACAGAAACCCCCUAAUUUUCAAUCCCCCCUCUUACAUCCCCUUUUAAAAAUUUUUCAAACAGGACUAGAAAAACUCGAGAAUUCUAUCAAUGAAUUGGUACCCAACGACGAUGAGCGAAAACCGCUAGUCGAUGGAAGCAAUGAAAAUCAAGGCUCUGAUCAUGGAUGCUUUGAGGGAUGGCUAAACUAUAGAAAUGAGCUUUGUUUUUACGGUUCUCAGAUAGCAGGCAGCUUUUUUGAAGGGAGAGAACAAUGUGGACUUUUAAAUGCAAAUUUUACUUCUGUACAUAGUCUACGUGAAUUUAAAUUUAUUACUGACAAUUUUGAUUUGAAAGAAUAUUGGAUCGGUAUAGUUUAUGGAUCACCAAAUUUUGAAGAUGGAACUGAAGUAACUAUUUUAUAUGUUUAUGAGAUAGACAUGAGGACAGGACUAGCAGCAACUAGGGGCAGGGCUGUCAGUACUAUGAAGGACGGAUGUCACAAGCCAAGGAGAAUAACGUAUUUUUUCUUGUGGACAGCCCUUGAUGGGGAAUGGAUUUAA